AUGAGUCUUCCCAGGAAAACACCCACUCCAACACCACCUGUAAAGGGUUCCUUCCCUCUGGAUCAUGAAGGACAAUGCAGAUAUGAGAUGCUAAAAUAUAUGCUUUGCUUGAAUGAACAUGAGCAAAAGAUUGGUGAAUGUCGAGACUCUGCAAAAGUUUAUCUGAAAUGUCGGAUAGACAAUGGAUUAAUGCAACAAGAGGAAUGGAAGUAUCUCGGUUUUUCGGGUGAGAAGGGAACGUAAUCGUGAAAAAU